ACGUCACAGGGACAAACGACGACCACGAACGCCAGCGAGGCGGUCCCGUAGACUGGAGAGAAUGAAGGAGGGAGAGAAAUAAAAGAAGAAGAUGGAGAAGAAUAGGGAAGAAGGUGUAGAUGGAGGGAGAAGCCGCCGGGAUUAGAUAAGAUGCAGAUGCAGAUGCAGAUGCAGAUGGUCGGGCAUGCGGCGACAAAGAGGCCGGCACAGGACAGGCGUCAGUUCCCCCCUCGCAGCGAAUCAGUCCAGCGGUUCAGCGGCAGAAGAGCUGAAUUGCGCCGCCGGUCAGUUGCUGGCAGCCGCUGGUGACGGUUCUCGUAGCACUCGGACAGGACAGGCAAAGACGCAGCGCCCCUGUAAAUGUGCGUCUCUUGUUCGCCUCGAAGCUGCGAUUUGCAGUGCGUUGCGAUUUGAUGUGGGAGGGCGGUGGAGGGGGGUUGCUUAGGUUGGCUCCAGUGUGGGGAGACUUUUUUGCCCGC